AUGAGGACAAUAAACCUGUUGUUGAGAAAAAACAAGCGAGAACUCGAUCGCUCAAUGAAUCAAUUACAGCCUUUGAAGAAAAAGACGGAGGCACUAAUCAAAAGAGCUGUCAAGGACAAUGACUUGAAGACGGCCAAGAUCUACGCUAAGGAGUUGAUCAAUGUCAACAGACAAUACAACAAGUUGUACACUUCCAAGACGAGAAUUGACUCUAUUAAUAUGGCCAUCAAUGAACAGUGGCAGAUGAACAAGCUAACACAAUCUUUGCAUUCGCUGGCAGUUGUCAUGAAAGACGUCAACCAAUUGGUGAAGAUCGGCGUGGUGCUGGCUACAAUGCAAGAGCUUUCCAAGGAGUUGAUGAAGGCAGGAAUUAUCAAUGAGAUGAUGGACGACGCCAUCGACUUGGACUUUGAAGAAGAUGAAGAGUUGGAACACGAAUCCCAAGAGGAAGUCAACAAAAUCAUAGCCAGCUUGACAGAAGACAAGUUCUCCAAGAUCAGCAACGAGGUUCCUACCAAUAGCGUGGACGUUGAGGAAGAACCUAAGGCUGAAGUACAAGAGGAGGAAGAUACAGAGGCUCUCGACGAAAUGAGAGAGCGUUUACGAGCCUUACAAGAGUAG